AUGGGUGUGCAGUACAAACAAGACAAGGCGANNGUGCUCGCCAUUGGCUUCCUGCUCGUCAUUCUCUCGUCGGCAUUAUGGCACAACUACCUGCCCCUGCUAGUCGUCGCGACCUACGUUAUUGCGCCCGUGCCUAACUGGCUCUGCUCACGCGCCCAAUCCUCGGACGACUUUAUGGACGGAGGCAGCAGUGCCGUCGUCGAGCUUGGCCGCUUCAUCACCGGGUUCCUGGUCGUCAUGGGUGUUGGUAUGUCCUUCUGUCCCAACAUCAAGCGUCCACCUUCGACAUGCUUACACAAGUCCGUCANNGCCCUCCCCGUCGUCCUUGCCCAUACCGGCCACAUCAACGUCCCUGCUGCCGCCAUGUCGAUAGCAGGCGGUCUCCUUAUCUACUCGACCAUCAUCAGCUUCUCGCUUUCCUUCCGCGAAGACGAAGAAUUCUAG